AUGACAGGACAGGCGUUUAGAAAGUUUACUUCCCUCUUUGACCAAUUUUUAGUUGAAAAGAGUGCAGCUGAAACUGUUACCAAAGGAGGCAUUAUGCUUCCAGAAAAAUCUCAAGGAAAAGUAUUGCAAGCAACAGUAGUAACUGUUGAACCAGGCUCCAAAAGAAAGGGUGGAGAGAUUCAGCCAGUUAGCGUGAAAGUUGGAGAUAAAGUUCUUUUGCCAGAAUAUGGAGGCACCAAAGUAGUUCUAGAUGACAAGGACUAUUUCUUACUUAGAGAUGGCGACAUUCUCGGAAAGUAUGUAGAUUGAAAUAAAUCAUUAUUGAAUGGCAUCACAUGAAGCUGCCCAUUCCACUGAGGCUGUGAAAUCUUUCAUCAUGUAAAUAAUUCUCAUGCCUCCUUUAUAAUAAAUGAAUGGUAUCCAAACUAAGCAAAAAAACAAACAAAAACCAGGUUUACAAAUAGUGCAAAUCAGGGUGUGAUUAGUGCAAUGGUAUUCUAGAGAAGGGAGGCUGCUAUUAGCCAUGUGGGAACAGAACAUAACAGGACACUUAUUUUUGCAAAAAGAAAAUGACAAUAAACAAUGACACAGUAGUAAAGACAGUGGGGUAUGGAAAACCAUAGGACUACAGAUCAAGAAAUCCUCUCCAUGUGAUCCUGGCCAAAUCGCUUUCACUUCUGGGGGCUCUUUAUCCCCCCCCUUUUUUUUUAGACAGAGACAGCACAAGUGGGGAAGGGGCAGAGAGAGGGAGGGAGAGAAUCCCGACCAAGCAGGCUCCACACU